AUGAUCAAGGUGCUGCCAGGUCGCAUCCAAUGCUUGGCUGCCGGGGAGUCCAGCACCGCCGUGUGCGGCUGGGAGAACAAGUGCGUGGCCAUUGGGACCAACGGGCUGCCCACGCCCAGCACCAACGUCUGCUCGGCAGGCCGCAAGUUCGUCACGUACGCAAAGGACUCGCCAGUCGUUGGCGCAUGCAAGGGCGAUGAGAAGGUCAACUCCUGGGUCCCUUACUGCUGCGAUCAAGACGUCGACAUGUCGUCGUUCAAGUGGUCCGGGGUCGCAGGCACAGCCGGAGACGGCUCCGACAAGUGCAACGACGCGAAGAUCUGUCUCCUGGGCAAGACCUCCAUCGCCACCUCGUACCUGGGCGCCGGAAAGGACUACGUCAAGCGCACGUUCUGUGCGGACCCAAACGCCCUCCGAAGGACCAUCAAGACUCUCCCGGUACCGUUGGAGAACAUCUUCCCGCACCCGGGCCCGGAUAAGGACGAGCAGAAGUGGCAGGUCGAGCUCGAGCCGACCAUGGGCAGCGCCGGUCCCACCCCCGAGGAGAGCACUAACGCGGACAAGAACUCGUUCGGCUGGUACAUCAUGUCCGGGCCGAGGGCCGAGCUCGCCUCUCUGGACAAGCGGGACGGAUCCCACUGGGAGCUCUUCGACUGCGAGCCGAGCGCGAACCACGAGGGCCGGCAGACUGUCAGGGCCAUGUGUACCGACAGCUCCUACAUGAGCAACUGCGGCGUCAUCCAUGAGGGCCGCGGAGUCGUAGGAACUGUCAUCGAGAUGCCUGCCGGCUGUGGUCCCGGGAAGCAUGCCAUGGCCGUAUCUCUCGAGCCGUCCCGGAACCAGUCGCUUCCUCGCCGGCUGGAGAAGCGAGCGGACGAGCUGGCUGACUCUCCUAUUUUCGACCUCACCAAGUACGAGCUGGUCAGGCACACGGUCAACGAGCAGUCCCGCUGGAACAUCCACGAUGAAUCCGUGUCCUGCAACAUCAAGGGCGUGGACACGACGGGCUACUUCACCGCGUGGGCGGACCUCAACGUCAACAUCCAGUGUUUCUCCUUAAACUUCCAAACCCCUUCCAACCGGUCGAGUGUGAAGGAGCGUGCCCGCCUCUUCCAAAAUUAG